UUGACACGUUAAGCACAGGUGUUCAACAGAUCUUAGCGAGUGCAGAAUGGCUUUCUAUUCUCGGUACAAAAUGGUGUGGGAUAAAAUCAAAAUGAAGACCAUCAUGUUGAUGUUGAUGUUUUCAUGUGUGUCAUCAGAUUGGCUGUCAGAGAUAGGUGGAGAGCAGGACAGAGUUUUACCCGGACAUGUGUAUCAGGUAUUUCAGACAGCAACAGUUCGACAGUGUCACCGACUCUGUGGGUAUUCAGGAAGGUGCGUUUCGGCCAACUGGAUCUUGUCAACUAGUGAAUGUCAACUUAGUACUAGUGCUGUAGGUGGCGGUAGUUUGCAAGUGUCCGCGAACAACGUGUACCUUCCGGUUCAUCAAUUUCCUCCACAGACUCACCCAUGCGCAGAUGAACCCUGUGGAGAUGACCACGUGUGUGUCCCUGUCACCAAAUCUACCAACUAUGUAUGUGUACACGUCGACACACACACAAACCAAGCACCUGCGACUGGAAUAACGACCGGUACUGCACCUACUGCUGCAACAACUUCUGUACAGGAUACAACACCGGCGUUGACAACAACACUGACACCAACGACGACACCUACACAAACAACAUCCACACCGACUUCGACACUUGCACCGACAACAACACCCUUACCAACUACAACGGCAGCACCAUCUACUACAACACCUGCACCAACUACAACAGCAUCACCCACUACUACAACACCCGUCCCAACUACAACUCCGGCUCCGACUACAACACCUACACCAGAGACCACACCAGCACCGACUACCACGACAUCUGUACCAACUACAACAGCAGCACCAACAACUACAACACCUGCACCAACUACAACAUCCGUCCCAACUACAACACCAGCUCCGACUACAACACCUACACCAACGACGACACCAGCACCGACUACCACAACAGCUGUACCAACAACGACUACACCAACAACUACUACCCAUGAUGGCACGUGCGUUGAUAACAGUGACUGCAGUUCCCUUCCCUUCACAGAGUGUUCAAACAGCCUCUGCGCAUGCACCGUGGGAAGUGACAUGGAUGAAUCCACUGGCAUAUGCAGAUCAUUAGCAGAGUGCUCGUCCUUUGGAUCUACCUUCACCAGCAUCACGGAUAAUGCCAUCACCGAUCAUAAUCUUGAGAUCCAUUCAUCGAAGACGUCAGCACAAUGUGAACAAUUGUGUCUAGACGCCUCAUUCGUAUGUAAAUCGUUUGAAAUGUUUUUCAAUACCUGUUUCUUGCAGGAAGUCUCAUGGUAUGAUGUUACAGGAAGUGAACGUGGAUAUAAGAAAUAUGUCAAUCACAGCCAACGCAGAUGUAAUUGGUGAGCUACGGUAUGAAUUUGAGGGCCAUUCUAUGCUACAGGAGUAACAAUCCCAAAGCGCAACAGCUUGUCUAUAUAUCGGUGCUUGUCCAGCACACAGAAGUAGUGUAAGGCCUUAUGAUUUCAAUUUAUUGUG